AUGCGCGGCUUUGCAGAGAUCGUGCGGAGCCUGGCGGUGGCCAACUCCGACCUCGAGGCUCGCUGCUCCGACGGGUCCACGGCAUUGAUCCAAGCGGCCUACGUCGCCAGCCAAACCGAGGGCCCGCGCCGCGCUGCCUGCGCUGUCGUCGUGUCAGUCCUGCGGGAGCUGGGUGCGGACCUUGCUCCCAAAGACAGCUGGGGCAAGACUGCCGAUUAUUACUGCCGGGGUGUGCCGGAACUUGAGAUCGCCAUCAAGUCUGAAGUUCUCGUCACAUGCCCCUACCAGGAUUGCCAUCGAGCGUACCGAGUCAGGCGCGCAGACUACCGAUGCCGCGUCGUGAGAUGUGGCUGCGUGAUCUUCAGGGGCCGCGAGUAUCAGCUUCCCAAGCACGGGAGCCGGGCAGAUCUCCGAGAAUGGCUGCAGGAAAGUUGGGGUUGGGAUGGCUGGCCGGGAGAGGUGCUGGGCUGUGGACGGCCGUUUCGUUUCCCAGACGAUAGUGGCUUGGGCUUAUUCCUUACCUGGUCCGAAGAACUGACAGGUGCUGAGCAUCCCUCCACUGUUGAUGCCGACGGCGACUACUCCAUUGCAACAUCAAAUCUUUGA